CAAAAACCAUUCAAAUUUUGCUUUUAUCAAUACUUUGGUAAAUUUUUUAAAAUGGGUAUAGCUGACCUUCUUGAACAAGCACUUAAUAGAGGUCCCCAGCCAGAGUCCCAUGAAAAAAAGAAAUAUUAUAAAAUCGGGAAAACUCUAGGUUCUGGUACAUAUGGUUCAGUUAAAGAAGCAACCAAGAUUACAACGGGACGUAAAGUCGCAAUUAAAGUGAUCAAUAAAAAUAAAAUUAGGCAUCAAGAAUCAAUGGUAAAACAAGAAAUGGAAAUAUUAUCUCAAUUGGAUCAUCCUAAUAUUGUAAAAUUUUUUGAUUGGUUUGAAUCAAGAGGAAAAUAUUAUUUAGUUUUUGAACUCGCAAAAGGGGGUGAAUUAUUUGACAGGUUGAUGGACCGAGGAAAAUUUACUGAACGUGAUGCCGUUGAUGUAAUUAAAACUGUACUUGAAGCCGUUAAAUAUCUUCAUGAACAUCAUGUUGUACAUAGGGAUUUGAAACCGGAAAAUCUGAUCUACAGAGACGAAACAGAUGAUUCAGAACUUGUACUUGCGGAUUUCGGUAUCUCGAAAGUUAUAUCAGAUGAUGAUGAUAUAAUGAUGACACAUUGUGGAACUCAACUUUAUGCUGCUCCAGAAAUUAUGAAACGUAUGCCUUAUUCGAAGUCUGUCGAUUUAUGGAGUAUUGGAAUCAUUACAUAUUAUCUACUUUGUGGUUAUCAUCCAUUUCAAGCAAGAGAUAGUGUUGCUUUUUUCGAAGAAGUAACUAAUGCUCGUGUCAAAUUUGAAAAUCACUUUUGGAGAAACGUGUCAGAAGAUGCCAAAGAUUUCAUUCGUGCACUUCUUAACAUAAAUCCAUCAGAACGGCCGACAGCUGCUGAGGCCCUAAAACAUAGAUGGAUUGUAGGAGAUGUAGCCAAAGAUGUAGAUUUAUUAGAAGACUUUAUAGAUAACUUUAAUGCACGCAAAAAAUUCAAAAAAGCAGUUGAAGUAGUUCAAGCAGCAAAUAGACUUCGAACUACACAAAGAUUUAGUAGUGAUUUUGAAGAAGAGAGUAAUAAAUCAGAAGAACCUAAGAAAAGAGAAUUACAUGCCGUUAUUUAAUUUAAUUGUUGUUAAGAGUUUAUUUAAUAAUUUUUUUUUUUUUUUAUACAGUAUAUAUAUAUAUUAUAUGUAUUUAGUUAUAGUUGUAUUUAUAUAAUUUAUUUAUUUAUUGUAUAGUCCAAAUUGAAAGUUUGUAUUAUUAAGAAAUUUUAAAUUAAAUUUAGUUAUUGAUUUAUAUACAAUAUAGAAUUUUGGCUUACUCAGAAAUCGCGAAUCAAAAAACUCGCAAUAUACAGUACUAUAUCUAACUAUAUGCAAGUGUUUACCAAAGAUAUACGCUUAUGUAAUAUGUUGUUUAUUGUACAAUCAAAUAAUUAAAUAGUUCGAAGGUUACAACAACAAUAUUUCGUGACAUAUCC